AUGGCCCAGUCAGAGGCAGUUGACGACGAACUGAAGGGACUCUUCGAGAAGUAUGGCGCUUCAGAAGAGCAACAGAGCCUUUUCUUCAAGAUGCAAAGGCUCACCAACAUGCCGGAAGUUUUCCACACGCAUGCCAAUCACGAGCAAAUCCUUUGGGCAGUCUUGGUCGGGUCCGCAGAACUCCCGGAAAAGCCGACAGCCUCUGAUGUAAGUUUCUGUGCCAGAAAGAUCGAAGAGCGCCUCAGAAAUCUCGAGGAAGCCGAGAAGCGCUUCAAAUGGUUUUCUGCACAGUGGACAAAACCGCUAAUGCAGCAGAUGAUCCGAAAUUGGUUUUGCGGAAGCCUUGUGAUCUGCCCGGAAUUGAGCGCAUCGUCUGGGUCGCCCAUUCAGUUCGUUCGUGAAUACUACGGUGACGACAUCGGCUACCCAACUCCAGAAGGACAGACGGACGAGUGGAAGGAGUUUCAGAGAUCGCUUUAUGUGCUCAUGGCGAGGAGCACCUGUCUUGCUUACCCGAUGGCUACCGCCAAAGGCAUUGUGUCAUUCUCGGACAUGCAAGAUUUCGAUUGGGCAAAGUACGACAUGGAGAGCAAGAGUCGCAACUCAGACAUUACUCAGCUCGUCCCGAACCGUUUGUCGCGUAUGAUCGCCUUCCAUCCGGAUGACAAGAUGAUUAAGUUUUACCAGGAAAUGGGUGCUCGCGCACGCAAGAAGUGGGGCUUCGAGCAGUAUGCAACGUUUGCGGAUGCGGUUGCUGGUGAGAAAGAUUUCCUGCCGGAGAAGCUGCCAUCUUUUGUGGGUGGGACGUACGAAGUUGACGUGUUGCAGUGUCUCAAGUACCUUUUCCAACGAGAGCCUGAAGCCUUGGCGUUGAUGGAAGAAACCUACGCAGAGAUGGAGGCUGCGAAGGAGAUCCCAAAGCCGAAGCACAUGCGAUAA